AUGCCUUACCUUCCUACCUCUCAGGCUUUCCUGGAGCAGUCUGCUCAGCUUCUAGAGGCAUACCCGGAUACUCAGCCUCCACCACAUCAGAAACCACCACCACAACACAAAACACCCCCCGCCCCCGUCGCCUCUCUCACUCUCAAAACCUACAAUCCCACCACAGGCAUCGUCCUACAGUACCAGACGAACAAGAUCGCCGAGGUAAGCCGGUUGAUCACGGGGCUGGGCAAACUGGCUAGUGGUGCGGACGUGGCGAGUUUGGGGGUUUCGGGUGCUGCUGGAGGUGGUGAUGUGGAGAUGGUUGAUGCGCCGGCGGUCGCAGAGGUUGUUCCUGUGGCUGCGCCUGCUGCGAAUGCGAACGCGAAUGCGGGGCAGGGUGGGAAGGGGAAGAAGAAGGGUGGGAAGGGGAAGCGAUGA